AUGUCGUUCUUCCAUAUCUAUCUAUCUAUCUAUCUAUCUAUCGCAUGCUAUUUUCCUUAUCCCUAUUCAUACUAUUCAUUCAUUUCUUUGUUUCUAUCUAUCUAUCUAUCUAUCUAUCUAUCUAUCUAUCUAUCUAUCUAUCUAUUUAGUCUUAGCCUGUUUAUAUCUAUCUGUCAAUCUGUUUCUUUUUCUAUCUUAGUCUGUUCAUAUCUAUCUAUCUAUCUAUCUAUCUAUCUAUCUAUCUAUCUAUCUAUCAUAUGUUCAUAUAUAUCUAUCUAUCUAUUUAUCUUAGUCUGUUUAUAUCUAUCAGACUGUUUAUAUCUAUCAGUUUAUAUCUAUCUAUCUAUCUAUCUAUCUAUCUAUCUAUCUAUCUAUCUAUCUAUCUAUCUUAGUCUGUGUAUAUCUAUCUGUCAAUCUGUUUCUUUUUUUUUCUAUCUGUUCAUAUCUAUCUAUCUAUCUAUCUAUCUAUCUAUCUAUCUAUCUAUCUAUCUAUCUAUCUAUCUAUCUAUGUGGGUGGCGGUUCAGAAUGUGCCUAUCUAUCUAUCUAUCUAUCUAUCUAUCUAUCUAUCUAUCUAUCUAUCUAUCUAUCUAUCAGUCUGUUCAUAUCUAACUAUCUGUCUAUCUGUCAGUAUGUUCAUAUAUAUCUAUCUAUCUAUUUAUCUUAGUCUGUUUAUAUCUAUCAGACUGUUUAUAUCUAUCAGUUUAUAUCUAUCUAUCUAUCUAUCUAUCUAUCUAUCUAUCUAUCUAUCUAUCUAUCUAUCAGUCUGUUCAUAUCUAACUAUCUGUCUAUCUGUCAGUAUGUUCAUAUAUAUCUAUCUAUCUAUUUAUCUUAGUCUGUUUAUAUCUAUCAGACUGUUUAUAUCUAUCAGUUUAUAUCUAUCUAUCUAUCUAUCUAUCUAUCUAUCUAUCUAUCUAUCUAUCAGUCUGUUCAUAUCUAACUAUCUGUCUAUCUUUUAUAUCUAUCUAUCUAUCUAUCUAUCUAUCUAUCUAUCUAUCUAUCUUAGUCUGUGUAUAUCUAUCUGUCAAUCUGUUUCUUUUUUUUUUCUAUCUGUUCAUAUCUAUCUAUCUAUCUAUCUAUCUAUCUAUCUAUCUAUCUAUCUAUCUAUCUAUCUAUGUGGGUGGCGGCCUAUCUAUCUAUCUAUCUAUCUAUCUAUCUAUCUAUCUAUCUAUCUAUCAGUCUGUUCAUAUCUAACUAUCUGUCUAUCUGUCAGUAUGUUCAUAUAUAUCUAUCUAUCUAUUUAUCUUAGUCUGUUUAUAUCUAUCAGACUGUUUAUAUCUAUCAGUUUAUAUCUAUCUAUCUAUCUAUCUAUCUAUCUAUCUAUCUAUCUAUCUAUCUAUCAUAUGUUCAUAUAUAUCUAUCUAUCUAUUUAUCUUAGUCUGUUUAUAUCUAUCAGACUCUUUAUAUCUAUCAGUUUAUAUCUAUCUAUCUAUCUAUCUAUCUAUCUAUCUAUCUAUCUAUCUAUCUAUCUAUCUAUCUAUCUAUCAGUCUGUUCAUAUCUAACUAUCUGUCUAUCUGUCAGUAUGUUCAUAUAUAUCUAUCUAUCUAUUUAUCUUAGUCUGUUUAUAUCUAUCAGACUGUUUAUAUCUAUCAGUUUAUAUCUAUCUAUCUAUCUAUCUAUCUAUCUAUCUAUCUGUCUAUCUAUCUAUCUAUCUAUCUAUCUAUCUAUCUAUCUAUCAGUCUGUUCAUAUCUAACUAUCUGUCUAUCUGUCAGUAUGUUCAUAUAUAUCUAUCUAUCUAUUUAUCUUAGUCUGUUUAUAUCUAUCAGACUGUUUUAUAUCUAUCAGUUUAUCUAUCUAUCUAUCUAUCUAUCUAUCUAUCUAUCUAUCUAUCUAUCUAUCAGUCUGUUCAUAUCUAACUAUCUGUCUAUCUGUCAGUAUGUUCAUAUAUAUCUAUCUAUCUAUUUAUCUUAUUUAUAUCUAUCUGUCUAUCUAUCUAUCUAUCUAUCUAUCUAUCUAUCUGUCUAUCUAUCUAUCUAUCUAUCUAUCUAUCUAUCUAUCGAAGGAACAAAUAUUGCGCCUAACUGUAAAACUAGUGGAGGCUAUUUGGGUGAGUUUUAUACCGGUCACAUUUUGUCACAUCUCUCCCCCCACCUCUCUCUUUAUUACUGUCUCUUGACUAUCUAUCUAUCUAUCUAUCUAUUUAUCUAUCUAUCUAUCUAUCUAUCUAUCUAUCUAUCUAUCUAUCUAUCACAGUCUCUUGAUUAUCUAUCUAUCUAUCUAUCUGAGAAAUAA